AUUGCGUGCAAGGGACUUUUCGAUAGAAGUUUGCUACGUUGCUGUUGCGUUUGUUCCUCAAAAUGGUUGAGAUGCUGCAUCGCAGUCCUGCUAGCCGUGAACUUCUGGACAGAUUAGAUGACCAUGCAGACUGGACUAUAGGCUAUAAUAUAUGGACCCAAGUAUUCUUUAUGCGUAAUCUAUCGCUUAUCGGAAGUUUACUGUUAUUACUCGCUGAAGUACAACAAGAAACACGUAGUUUAUUAGCUGGUCUACCAUCAUCUGGUGAAAAUACUCAACGACAGUAUAUUCUACUCGGUGGACGUAUACUAAUCAUUUUAAUGUUUGUAACACUUAUCCAUUUGGGAAGUAGUCUAUUCUAUAUUAUACAGUCAAUUGGUAAUCUUAUUUUAAUACUAUUGGUGGCUAUUGGUUAUAAGACAAAAUUAUGUGCAACAGUCUUAGUGAUUUGGUUAACUGGUAUGAAUUUCUAUUAUAAUCGAUUUUGGUCAGUGAAUAAUGAUAGCCUAUUAUGGGAUUUUUUAAAAUAUGAUUUUUUUCAAACAUGGUCAGUUAUUGGAGGUUUAGGCCUUGUAGUUGCCUAUGGACCAGGUGGUGUCAGUAUAGAUGACUAUAAGAAAAAAUGGUGAUCAAUAAUCGAUAUUAUUCAUGUUGUUGUUGUUGGUGUUUUUUUUAAAGGGUUAUCUUUAUCCCUUAUAAUAUAUUAUUACCAAUCAAUAUUAUAGUCUCUAUAAGAAAACCUACACUGCAUAUUCAUAUAAAUGUCUAUUUGCCUGUCUUCUUAUCAAUGUAUACCAUCUUUAAUGUUGUUUAAGAGUAGUAGUAUAUGAAAGAAAGCAAGAAUUAUCUACAACAAUCUGACAUCUUCAUUGAUGUCAGUGCCUCCUAUCUCUUCCUAGACUAAUUCAUUUGUGUAUAGUAUAUGCGUGUUUCUCUUUCUUACUAAUAAGAGUUUCAAUCAUUGUCUCUUUUCUAAGAGAUUUUAAACACCUUUUAUCUGAUUGGUUAAUGCUUGGGAGAUGGAUUAUUAUUAUAUCAUCUUUUGUUUUUUGUUUUGUUCUCAUGUGUUAUUUGUUUUUCCCCUUUGUUCUUGCCAAAAAAAAAAAUAUUAUCAUUCAUCUAUUAUAUGUGUGAGUUAUGUUUUUUUUGUUUCACUCUCCCAAACUUAUCAUUGUACGUAAAUUGAAUCCCGUUAUAAACAGGAAAAUCGAAAUAUACAAUCAUACAUGUGUA